UAUACAAAAAUGCAGCUGCUGCUACGUUGCGCGGCGCACAAUACCGGCGGCGAGAGCUAGAAUUUCCGACAGAAACCGUGAGCCGAGCCGAUCCGAUCAAUGGAUUUCGGCGGCUGCGUAGAGAGAUCUUCAGCGAUGUCGCUGGAAUCGAAGGAGGUUUUGCAGGAGGGAAUAUCUCUCGUCCUCUCCCAAUGGUCGGCGCUUCAGAUGGCGGUCCGGCACGAGUGUGGCGGGCUCGAUUCCAGAAGCAAGUGCGAUGAGCUCGCCGCAACCCUUCUCUCGUGGUUCUGCCAAUCCAAAGGUUUCCUUUCUAAUUUAAAUAUAGCUUGGGACAGCUUUCUUGCUAUUGCAGAGCAGCUGCUGUUAAUGCAUGAAGACUGUCUUUGUGGCAAUUAUUAUAUGAUUCAAAAGCUACGUAGAUGA